CUCGGAGACAUUUGCAAUCAGGCUUACAGGUAAGAACUAUGUUGCCUGGGAGUUUCAGUUCAGAAUGUUCUUGAAAGGGAAGACACUUUGGAAUCAUAUCGACGGCAGUUCUUCAAAGCCUACAGACGUUGAGGAACUUGCGCAAUGGGAAACCAAAGAUGCUCGCAUCAUUUCUUGGAUUUUAGCAACUAUUGAGCCACGUAUGGUCAAUAAUCUGCGUUCUUUUCAUACAGCAAAACAAAUGUGGGAUUACCUGAGACGUAUUUAUCACCAAGAAAAUACUGCGCGGCGCUUUCAACUUGAACUUGAAAUCAGUCAAUUCAGUCAAGGCAGUGCAUGAGGAAACCCAGCGGGAUCAAUUCUUGAUGAAAUUGAGACCAGAGUUUGAGACUGCGCGAGCCGGAUUGUUGAACAGAAAUCCGGUUCCCUCAUUAGAUAUAUGUGUUGGUGAAUUAUUGCGUGAGGAACAAAGGAUGGCUACACAAGCUGCUAUAAGUGGGCAGAAAGAAACGGCUGAUUUGGUCAAUCUGGCCUAUGCUGCUCAAGGGAGGAAUCAUGGGAAAGGGCAAUCACAAUGCUAUAGUUGCAAAGAAUUUGGGCAUAUUGCACGCAAUUGCAAUAAGAAAUUCUGCAACUAUUGCAAACAACAAGGCCACAUUAUCAAAGAGUGUCCUACACGUCCAGAAAAUAGAAAAGCCCAAGCAUUUCAAGCUGUUGCUUCAUCCUCUACUGUUAGUCAGUCAACAAUUACUCCAGAAAUGAUACAACAAAUGAUUCUUUCAGCUUUCUCUGCGCUUGGACUUCAAGGAUCAGGUGUCGGGGAAGGUGAUCGCGAAGGGGCCUAAAGUGGGCAGAAUUUUUCCGCUGC